GUCCCCUGUGGUCUUGGUCGCUCAAACCCCGCUGCCCCUCAACGACUCUCCAAACUCCCCACGUACUGUACUGUACUGUCUAUAUAUAUAUAUAUAUAUCAGCUCAAGGAACUCCUCCUACCCGCCCAACCCACGACCAUACAACCCAAACUUCAACCUCACCGUCAAAAAAAAUGCCAAUCCUCUCAACCCUCCCCCUCCAACCCCCCGGCCGCUUCGACGCCACCUACUCCCUCCAACUCAACAAUCUAAUGUCGCGGCAGGUGUUUGAUGAGCGUGUAAAGGCGUUCAAUGCGGCGAUUGAGCCGUCUGUGAGGGAUGCGAGGACGUGUUCGGUGAGAUGGGUGGUGCCCUUGCUUUUGAUUGCUGCUUGGUUGCCGGUCAACAUCCUUCUCCCGAAAGCCGUCCUCCCGGACACAUGCAAAGACUCUGGAUCAUCCAGCCCCUUUUCCGAUUUCGACAACUUUCGGGAGUGUGGUCAUAAGGAGACUGUCAGCCACGUAAUAAUCGCCGUCGUGAGCAUGGUCACUCUCGUCAUCGCCGUCAUCUGGGCCACACGCGCCGCCGCCCGUAAACACGAGCGUCUCUCACUCCAAAUGGAAGAAUCAUGCCGCCGAGUCGCUGCGGCGCAUAACCGGAGUGAUAACCCAAAAGGACUGAAUUGGAUGGUGCGGAUGGUGCAGGAGGAAUACACGUAUUCGGCUAGCAGUGAUAAUGGGAUGAGUAGCACGCGGACGGGGACGAGGAUGAGAUUGACGGUAGAACUCGAACACGUCCAACCGUCAAAUGUACCCACAAUGACCACGCAAUCGCAACCCCCGUUCUAUCCGCCCUACCCUACGCCCACACCCAACAUCCGCGCCGUACAUCCGACCACCGACGACACCGCCGCGGCGCCAACCUUUCAUGUCGUCGAUGUCGUUCAAUCUCCAACGCCGGGGACGUCCUCAUCAGCUCUUCUAGGCGGCGAUAGAGACUAUGGGGAGGGACCGAGUGCGCUGCCGCCGCCGUAUAGCGCGGCACCAGCGGCUCCGACGAAAGAUGGCGAGUAGUAGGGGUUAGAUGCGUUAGGUAGAGGGUGGAUGUAUGUAUAUAUACAGGACCCAUUUUUUUGGGGGGAGAUGGGAAUCGAUGCGGUGAUGCUCGAUAACAUGAUUUACUGGUUCUUAGUAAUGCGGAUAUUGGGACACCGUUCGGAGGUUGUGAAGCUGUGUUAGAUAGUACUGUACAGUACGUAGUAGAUAUGGAUUUGGCUGUGGACAAGUGGUGGUGAGUGCGAUCGGAG